AAGCUGUCCAAUUACUGCUUGAAUUUGAGUCUUGGUUGUUGUAAGCCGCGUCCACAACUGAGCGCUUGUUGGUAAGGGACCACGGAAGGAAUCGCUCAUCAUCACAGGCAAAGACUAUCUUAACAAAUGGCUACCUGCCCUUUUAUUAGCCCCUUGGGAUGUGAUCAAGACUGCUCGCCGACUGCAACAUCGUCGUCGGCAUCGGAGCAUGCGAAGCAUGUGGGGGAUCAACCUGCCCAAAUCGCUUCAGGAGAUCUAGAGGAAAAUGCAACCACGAACAUUUCUGGCCUCAGAGUAAAAAGUUCCCAGUUUAGCGACACUCCGUCAAGCUCGUCUUCAACUUCAUCAGCAGGCUUUUCGCAUACAAAGCAGACAACCGCUGCUGCAAAACAAGCCGACAACACACGCGUACGGCUAACGCGCCGUCAGCUUCGCCAAAUGUGCAAGCGCUGGAGUUUGGCGGAGGUCAGUGAGCAUGCGCGCAAGGAUGAUGCUUGGGUCGCAGUGGACGGCAAGGUGUACGACAUUUCAGAACACCUGGACAACCAUCCGGGCUGGAGCGCUACGGCGGACAUCAGUACGGCACUUUCCAUCCUCGCGCAUGCCGGCACAGACUGCAGCCAGGAGUUUCGAGAGAUUCACCGGCCGUACCCCAUAGCCUGGCGGCAGCUACGGACGUACUACAUUGGCGAUCUGGAUCCCAGUUCUUGAGCUCUUGAGCCCAGACGGCGGACAGCAUGGAGCGCAGCGACCAGCAAGAAGUACGGCGACGGCUGACGUGGGGAACGGAGUUGAUGUGGCAUGUCGCUGCUUCAAGAAUGAACUUGCUUGCCAGGGACGCUGGUACGCUGGACACUACCAAACUGGGGUUUCCUAUUGACCCACGGGUCUAUGCCUGUGGUUGUGAUGAGUGGAAAUCCCUUGCAAAGCUGUUAGGCCAGAGCUGGCUGAAGUGUGUUUUAGGCGUGAACGAUGUGAGGUCACAGGGCACAGUCGUAGGAUUGCGUGACCGGCCCGUUGCCCCGAUUAUGGUCCCUGCACGGCACUUCCGAGUGUGUUGGGGUUGGGGUGUGCGUUAUUAAGAGAUUGGGACUGUGCGAAUUGGACACAUGUCGGUGCUAAGAGAACUGGACACGAGGCGGUGGGUAGUGCGGUGUGUGAACUCUUGUUACGAUGCAGCAGCUGCGGUUGCCUGGCUGUGUGCUUCCGUUGGUGGCAAGAAGCAAGGUACAGAACCCAUGUACCGCACCAGGCAUGGCGUUAAUCACGGGUGAAGCUGGCUGAAGGAAUGGUUAUUCCCUGGAGAUUCCCUUUCCUGAUGUAGCAUGCAACUGCAUGUGCAUGCGACCUGCUAUACGGUACGCAUACAUGAUGAUGCAUGACCAAGGCGCAAAACAACGGGACGAAACAGUGUGGUGUAAUAUGGUACGCAGCAUGGUAUGGGAUGCAUGGAUUGAUUCUUCGUGCAAACAAUGCGGAUGGCUAGGAGCUACUAGAUGUUGGGGACUAAGGCGCGGAGAACUUGUUGCAUUCUUGCAUUCCUGAGCAGCUACAUGCAUGCAUCAAUGGCGUGCAUUGCGCAAUGUAGAUAUGCAUCAGACGUUGGGUUGAGCAGCUGAGCAUUCUUAAUACUUUUGGUAAACUGCUACCGGUAUCUUCAGGGACCGUAUGUGUGUGCGACGGCCACUGCUGCAUGAUUGUAAUUAAGCUCUCAUGCCCU